CGACUCGGGACUGGAUGUAUUUCCCUCUACUAGGUAUGUAUCUCUCUCGAUCUCUCUUCCCCCCACAAAAACCCAACCGAGACUCGCCUGGUCCGCCAACCCCGCCAUGCCCAAGAUCCCGCUGCCCCCCGCCAAAAUCUGCCGGCCCGGGGCUCCGCGACCACCACCCACCAGCCAGGAAUCGCGGCCGAGAGGGAGAGAAAGAGAGCAGCGGUGAGCGGUCUGCUAGCAUAGCAAUUCGGCCACGACAAGAGGAUCGCUCUGCUGUGAUGGCCGCUCGCUCUCAAUCCCUGCCUCGAAAAGUAAAAAAGAAAAAAAAGGCCGAGGGCAUAAAUUCGAGGGAUUUUCUUCUCUCGAAAUACGUUUUCAGAGUUGGGAAAAGUUGUAGACAUGUCUAUCCAACCCGUCGUCCAUCCAUCCAUCCAUCCAUCCUUAUCGGCGUUUCCUUUCCUCUCCUACCCUUCAGCCCUCGGAGAAUUCCCCACUGCCGUCGUCGCGGCACCAUCCCAACGAGCUAAAAAAGGCAGCUUUCCCCAAACCGAGUUCCCUUUUCCCAGCCGAACCGUACCUUUUCUCCCGAUAGGGUGGGAGACCAUCGGUCAAGUGCCGAGAGAGCAACGAACUCUCAACGGGGGGAAAAGGCAUGGACCAUACUGGAUUCCUUGUCUCGCUCUCCUGUACGUCCGGAGAACGACGGGGAUAUUAGAUUUAGAUUGGAGUGUAGAGAGAAAUAGAGACACGUGCUCUACGAUGAUUUGCGCGCUGCAGAUGCAGAAACGCCUCGACACACUCUCUCUCUCGCACGCGCGCGGAGCUCCGACGGCGUGCCGGGAACUGGGGCACAUCAUUAUCAGAACGAUAGUAACGAACGGCAGCAGCAGCAGCAGCAAUGGUACAGGAGCGAACAGUCAGACCGCUUCUUCAUCGUCAUUCGACGGAGCCCUUCGGCAUCUUCCUCGGAGGAGGGGGAGGGGCUGGGGGCGGAUGACGGGAGGUACGGUAACUCUAUUGCCUCUCGAUGUCAAAGUACCGUGCAUGUUCGGUUCCGCUGUGUACGUAUAGAUUCCUUUUUUUUCGCGAUUCCCCGUGUCCCCCGUCGUGUCUUGAUAGGUGGGCGAUAACGGAAAUGGGGAAAGGGAAAGAGCCCUGGUGAGUGAGUGAGACAGGGAGCGCAAAAGGGCCAUCUUGGGUAGCAGGGAAAGCAUAGCGUUUGACUUUUCUCGAAGAACUUCUUCAUCAUCGCUGCCCGUUACGUCGUCGUCGUGAUUAAUCUCUCCCAUCGUUUGAGGGUUGUCCCCCCCCCUCCCCCGUCUUCGUCGUCGUCGUCGUGG